AUGAAACCCAGACAGCAUGGCAAAAAGAGUCACUUUUCUCUCUCUCUCUCUCUCUCUCUCUUCUAUGCCCAGCUCCUUCCUUUGCAGAGAUGUUUCUCUCUGUCGCUGUCUGAUACGAUUUUUCAGCGUCUCUCAAACCGACUUAGCUGUUUUCUGAGCCGACGCCCUGACCUCGAACGGAAAAGUGUAUCUCCUCUAUCUCGACAAUUCCGAAUAUCUUUUGGCAGUGUUGCAUUUAAUCUAAACGACAUCCUCCUUUCGUUUGCAUGUAUCAGACGGCGGGUAGACAAUCGCAAUAUCUACAGCCUUGUUCAUGAACUGCGCUGGGAAGUUCGAGACAAUAUCUCUGGUCUUAUCUAUCUAUCUAUCUAUCUAUCUAUCUCAGUAUGUUCUUAUCUAUCUAUCUAUCUAUCUAUCUAUCUCAGGCUUUUCUUAUCUAUCUAUCUAUCUAUCUAUCUCAGUCUGUUCUUAUCUAUCUAUCUAUCUAUCUCAGUCUGUUCUUAUCUAUCUAUCUCAGUCUGUUCUUAUCUAUCUAUCUCAGUCUGUUCUUAUCUAUCUAUCUAUCUAUCUAUCUAUCUCAGUCUGUUCUUAUCUAUCUAUCUAUCUAUCUCAGCCUGUUCUUAUCUACCUAUCUAUCUCAGUAUGUUCUUAUCUAUCUAUCUAUCUAUCUAUCUAUCUAUCUCAGUCUGUUCUUAUCUAUCUAUCUAUCUAUCUAUCUCAGUCUGUUCUUAUCUAUCUAUCUAUCUAUCUCAGUCUGUUCUUAUCUAUCUAUCUAUCUAUCUAUCUAUCUAUCUAUCUAUCUAUCUAUCUAAGCCUGUUCUUAUCUACCUAUCUAUCUCAGUCUGUUCUUAUCUAUCUAUCUAUCUAUCUAUCUAUCUAUCUAUCUAUCUCUGUCUGUUCUUAUCUAUCUAUCUAUCUAUCUCAGUCUGUUCUUAUCUAUCUAUCUAUCUAUCUCAGUCUGUUAUUAUCUAUCUAUCUAUCUAUCUAUCUCAGUCUGUUAUUAUCUAUCUAUCUAUCUAUCUAUCUCAGUCUGUUCUUAUCUAUCUAUCUAUCUAUCUCAGUCUGUUCUUAUCUAUCUAUCUAUCUAUCUAUCUCAGUCUGUUCUUAUCUAUCUAUCUAUCUAUCUAUCUAUCUCAGUCUGUUCUUAUCUAUCUAUCUAUCUAUCUAUCUCAGUCUGUUCUUAUCUAUCUAUCUAUCUAUCUAUCUAUCUCCGUCUGUUCUUAUCUAUCUAUCUAUCUAUCUAUCUAUCUCAGUCUGUUCUUAUCUAUCUAUCUAUCUAUCUAUCUCAGUCUGUUCUUAUCUAUCUAUCUAUCUAUCUAUCUAUCUAUCUCAGUCUGUUCUUAUCUAUCUAUCUAUCUAUCUCAGUCUGUUCUUAUCUAUCUAUCUAUCUAUCUCAGUCUGUUCUUAUCUAUCUAUCUAUCUAUCUAUCUCAGUCUGUUCUUAUCUAUCUAUCUAUCUAUCUCAGUCUGUUCUUAUCUAUCUAUCUAUCUCAGUCUGUUCUUAUCUAUCUAUCUAUCUAUCUAUCUCAGUCUGUUCUUAUCUAUCUAUCUAUCUCAGCCUGUUCUUAUCUAUCUAUCUCAGUCUGUUCUUAUCUAUCUAUCUAUCUAUCUAUCUAUCUAUCUCAGCCUGUUCUUAUCUAUCUAUCUAUCUAUCUAUCUCAGUCUGUUCUUAUCUAUCUAUCUCAGUCUGUUCUUAUCUAUCUAUCUAUCUAUCUCAGCCUGUUCUUAUCUAUCUAUCUAUCUCAGUCUGUUCUUAUCUAUCUAUCUAUCUAUCUAUCUAUCUAUCUCAGUCUGUUCUUAUCUAUCUAUCUAUCUAUCUAUCUAUCUAUCUAUCUCAGUCUGUUCUUAUCUAUCUAUCUAUCUAUCUAUCUCAGUCUGUUCUUAUCUAUCUAUCUAUCUAUCUAUCUCAGUCUGUUCUUAUCUAUCUAUCUAUCUAUCUCAGUAUGUUCUUAUCUAUCUAUCUAUCUAUCUCAGUAUGUUCUUAUCUAUCUAUCUAUCUAUCUAUCUAUCUAUCUAUCUAUCUCAGUCUGUUCUUUUCUUUCUAUCUAUCUAUCUCAAUCUGUUCCUAUCUAUCUAUCUAUCUAUCUAUCUAUCUAUCUAUCUAUCUAUCUAUCCCAGUGCGUUCCUACCUGCCUAUCUCAGGUUACAUUUUCCUCUCUCUCUCCCUAUCUAUCUAUCUAUCAUCAGGACAUUUUCCUGUCGAUUUCUAUGGGCAAAUGCCUUUCUCUUUCUAAGGACAUUUUCCUCUAUCUAUCUAUCUCAGGACAUUUCCCUGUCUAUUCCUAUGGGGAAAUGCCUUUCUCUUUCUAAGGACAUUUCCCCCUCUCUCUCUCUCUCUCUCUCUCUCAGGACAUUUUCCUCUCUUGCUCUAAGGGCACUUUAUGAUCGCUUUCUACGAAAAUUUUCCUUUCUCUUUUAA